AUGGAUAAAUUUGUUGUUCGGGGACCAAGAGGGGAGCCUGCCAAGGUGGAACCUAGACCAAACGAUAAAGUUUACCGACAAGCAACAAUAGAGUCUCUGAAGAGAGUGGUUGUGAUUGAAGACAUUGAGCGCUUUAAGUGUAUUCUUGAAUUGCCUGGACAGACUAAAGAGAACAUGGUAGUGGCCUUGAAAGAACUAAACAAGAAGAUGCCCUCCAAAGAAGUUCUGAGAUCAACUAAAAUAGGACACACAGUUAACAAAAUGCGCAAACAUUCGGACCCUGAGGUGUCUUCCCUGGCACGAGACGUCUACACCCAUUGGAGGACCUUUAUCGAGGAGCAUGCCAAUAAACCCUCCAUAGAGGUGCGCUGUGACAAGCAGACAGAGGGUCUGCGGAGCAAUGCAGUGAAGCUGCUGGCUGAAGCCAUUGGGUUGGAGGUAGGCCAUGGACUGGUGGAAAACAUUGAAAGGGAAGUCUUUCACCAGAGCUCAAGGCUUAUCAGUUCUGCAUACAGACGGACUGUAAGAGCACUAGUCUUUGCUCUCAAACACAAGCCCGAGCUGAGAGCCCAAGUAAAGGACAGCAAAAUCUCUGUGAAUCAGUUUGUCAGUGAACACAAAAAGAAAACAUAG